AUGAGAGAAAGCUUCAACAAGGAGGAAGAUUGGGAAAUUGAGAAGGAUUGUAGAGAUUGGAGCUCAAGGAGCGGGCAUCGAAUUCGAUUCUGGGUUGAUACUUGGUUCGGUAGUCACAGUUUGUGUUUGGAGUUCCCAAGACUUUAUUCACUGUCUGUUGAGAAGGAAGUGUCUUUGUGUACCAUUGUGGAAAGAAAAAGUCAGUCGGAGGAAUGGGUUUUUAAUUUUCGCAGAGUACUCAGAGCUUGGGAGGUGGAAGAGUUGGGUCGGCUUUGUGCCAGGUUAGAUGCAGAGAAUUUUCAUUUAUCUGCUGAGGAAGAUAGAUUAUGUUGGAAACCAUCCCCCUCAGGUGAAUUUUUGGUUGUGUCUCUUUAUAGUAGGAAUGCGGGAGGUGUUUCCUCGAAUGUGCCCUCUUUGUUAUGGAAUAAUCUCGCUUCUUCGAAAAUGCAAUUUUUUGGGUGGUUAGCGUGGAAAGGUAGGGUAAAGACAGUGGCUUACCUCCAGAGAAUUGGAGUCCUCGGUGGCAGUGUUUGUAAAUUGUGUAAAUUUUGCAAUUCCGAAGUUGAGUCCGCUAACCAUGUGUUAUUAUUAUGCCCGGCAAUUUGGAAGGUGUGGUCCAGUUUGGUGGAUUGGUGGCGAUUACAAUGGGUUGCUCCUGGAACAAUUGGGGGCCUUCUUGAGUGGUGGGCUGGCUUUAAGUUUAAAAAGCUCGAGGGAGCAGUGUGGAAAUCUAUUCCAUUGACUCUGUUGUGGUCCAUUUGGAAAUGUAGGAAUGAUUUUGUGUUUUCAGGUGUGCAUCCACAGCUGGAUUUGCUCUCUGGCAAAUCCGAUAUUCCAAGUGAGACAGGUGGGCUUUUGUGCAAUAGAGGUGCUGGUUUUAUCUGCUUUGGCAGAUUGCUCUAUUGGUUAGAUGCUCUGUUAGUUCUGCUUAGAUAUUAUGUUGGGUUUGGCUGUUGCUGUUUAGGUAUUAGUUUGGGUGUGGCUGGGUGUCUCGCCAACUUGAUGAUGUGA